AUGGGAGGACGUGGAGGAUCAAAGACAGGGAAUGCACAUACCGCAUCCGAAAUAAAAAAGCACAAGAAGGAAAGAAGCAGGCAGCUUCUUCUUGAGGCCUACGGGCUGAUGGAUGACCCAAGCUUGUCCAGAGACAGCACCGGGAAGUAUGUCUGCCUUCUCUGCAAGACUAAGCAUCUGACGGAAAUGAGUUAUGUGAAACACAGAGAAGGCAAAAAACACAAGGAAGCAUCUUCGGCCAAGGAAGAAAACCAACGCUCCAUUCCCUCCUAUAGCGUGCGGAGCCUAGUGGAGGGAGGUAGGAGGGGACAUGGGAUUGUGGUUAAUUAUGAGCUUGCCGAGGAAAUGCCGCAGUACCGGUUUGUAAACAGUCUAGAGCAAAAUGUUGAGGAGUAUGAUGAGUCCUUUAGGUACCUUGUAUUUGUAUGCAGGCCAUAUGAAAACAUUGGAUUCAAGUUUGAGAACAAAGAGAUUGAUGAGCUUUCCAUCUAUGAAGACGUUGAUGAGGAGACGGGAACAUACACACUCCACUUUUACUUUCUGGAAGCAGGGCCAUAG